CCUAAUAACCGCCACAUCGCUUCCCAUUACAAGGCAAAAGUGAACCAUUGAGGUUACUUGAUUUAAUGUUACUUCUCUGUUCUCGUCGUCGGAGGUUCUUCAUAAAACUAAUUUACUUUAAUCUGUUUAUUGGCUUGGAAGAGCCGUAGAAAGUUGAAACCUUCUCAUUGAUCGUAAACAACAAACAACGUUCCUCAUACCAUCUCACUUGCAGUACGCGUCAAAGAAUCAUUAAAUACCUCUCUACUAUUAAAUCCCACCUAUUAUUUGAACGGCUUUCUCGUAUAUCACGAUGCCUCUUGGAUUCGAACGAAUUAAUGUAAGAAAAUCGCAGCCAAAUGAUCAUAUCGUCUUCAUCAAACCCUUGGAAGGCCCCGACAAAGAGAUCGCGCAGCAGUUCUUAGAACGGAUCGCAGCACAAUGUUUACCAAUCAUGAAAGAACAUCAUAUCUCAGUCGUAUCCCUGGAAGAGUACGAACCAAACAGGGAGUUUGUUGGCCGUAACUUCAAUGCAGGAGAAGUUAUACAGCUAGUGUUGAAAUCACUUUCUACCAAACAAUGGCUACCCUUCAACUACGUCCAGAUGGUGAUGAUGCACGAGCUGGCUCAUUGCAAGCAGAUGAAUCACUCCAAGGCAUUUUGGGCUGUCAGAAAUAGCUAUGCAGAUCAAAUGAGAGUCCUGUGGUCGCGUAAAUACACUGGUGAGGGAUUAUGGGGAAGAGGCACGCUACUAGAAACCGGAGAGUUUGAGAAGAAUACGGUAUUGUCAGACAAAGACCUACCAGAGCAUCUGUGCGGCGGAACCUAUCGUUCAAGGGGCAGAAAGCGAAAACAAAAGAAGCAGUUAUCUUAUCAAGAACGAAAAGAGCGCCGAAUUUUGAAGAAGUUUGGUGCGAACGGGGUCGCUCUCGGCGAAGAUGAAGUUAUCAAAGCCGAACUAGAGAAGGGAAAGAAGACUCAAAGCAAGCCCCGUGUAGCAGGAAGCAAACGAGGCCGAGAACUCAGAGCGGCAGCAGCCCUGGCACGGUUCGACCAGCAGAAGAAGGCCGAAGAAACGAAAGAUGAACAAGAUAGCGAUGUCAAGAAAGAAGAAGGCAGCGAAUCGGAGACGGCUAGCGAUAGUGAGGGCGAAGCUGCCGUAGAUAUCAACGGUCGACGGCUUAUUGAUACUAAGGGCCAUAACUUGGUCAAAGUAUGCGAGGACGAAGACGCCAGAGACGAAGAUGUACAGAACGAACUUAAGGAGCUUUUCCAAUCCACUAUUAAAGUGAAGCCAGAGAAGCUCGAAGUGGUAGCACCGAUAAGAACCAUACCUCAAGCAGCGGGAUCAACGAAACGACGUGUUAGCGAGAAGAAGUCGAGUAAGACUAUCAAGAGUUCACCGUCAGAAGGGGCAAGCAGCGCUACUAUCUCCAUCAGUAGUAUCCCUAGUUCAGCUGGGGACACUUGUCCUAUGUGCUCGUUCGAUAGUGGUCUAGGAGCUACUAUAUGUGAUGUCUGUUCUCACGUUUUAGAUUCUAGCAAGGUACCGAAUUCGUGGAAAUGCAAGAGCUCUUCUUGCCGGGACAGCUUGUAUUUGAAUGCCGGGGACUCCGGAAUCUGUGGUGUUUGUGGUGGACGAAAAGGAGUGUAACCAAGGUGCACACCGAAUUCAAUUAGAGGCACUUUUACCUUGCGUCACAUGUUGAACGUUUCCUUCAAAAGAGAAUCUUCGUCAUUGGUUGGU